AUGAAGAAUGGCAGCCACCAACCAAGCCCUCUACACAAGGAAAUUUAUUGGGACAUAAGUGAGGACUUCUUCGACUCCAGAAACCCUAGAAGCACAGAUUACUCAUCUGUAGAUCUCUCAUCUAGAUCGUCCACGCCCACAUUCGAGGAGUUGCCUUCUAACUCGCCGGACAUGCCAUUGUGCACCCCAUUAUCACUUGUCGAUGAUAUAAUCUCACAUAAGCAAGAGCAGGGUUAUUACUGGCCACACGAGGGCCCAAAUCUUGCUAAAACUUGUGCCUCGUGUCCAUCUGGGGUAGAAGAGGUACAAGGAAUCAGUUAG